AUGAAAGCUAGAUUCAUAGAAGUACAUCUAGGAGAGCCAAACCUUCAAGCCUUCCAAUCUUCCAUCCAUUUGAACUUUGAAAAGCCAAGCUUCUAUUCAGUGGUUUAUUUCGGGAUUUUGUUACAAUUAUCAAGAUUGAAAGGAACGUUCGUAGCUGGCAAAACUCUUAAUGAGCUAAAUAAAGCCUUGGACAGAGUCCAAGGAUCAAUAAACGAAGAAGUCUACAAAUUUCUAAAAGAAUUUAUGAAAUACACAGAAUCAUUUUCCUCAGCUGACAUUAAGAAUUACCUUCUGAAAGAGUCCGUUGAAGAAAGCUUUGACCAUGCUUUCCGGAUAAUCGUUUCAACUACUCUAAGGAAUGAAUUUAAAACUCAAUAUUCCAAUGAAGUUAUAUAUGGAAAAGAAGUCCUGAAAGACGAAGAAUACAUCUUUAAUGCACUCACCAAAAUAUUGAAAUUCACUAUCAGCAUAUAUUCAUAUAACUCACCAAAUCCGUUCAUAGCAAGAACACCGAACCCAAAUCCCGAACUAAAUAUUAGUAUUUUAUAUGACCAGAACAGCCAAAAUUCUUGGUCACUACUGGUGCAUUUUAAAGAAAAUCUUCAUGAUUAUGGUCAAACAGUUAAUUUAGAUGAUUUACCUUUUACAUAUUCGGAUCAGAGCCAAUCUUUACCUGCUCCCAUGCCUAUUCCUAUGAAACCAGAAGUGGCACCAGUGCAGACUGCAAUUGAUCAGUCUGCUUUAAUAGAAAUUUUGGCCCAGAUCGUUACUUCACAAGUUGGCUGGAUGCCUGAAGCCAACAAACUUCAGCUUGACCAGGAAAUUUCAAAGCUAAGUUCUCAGAACCCUGCUCCAAAAAUCGCUUGUCUUAAACGAAUAAAAUCUUGAAUUAAAAGAAUUGGGAAUUGCUCUCAUGACUCUAGCAGUCUGCUAUAUUUUUAUCCAUGCCACAAAGUUCAUUGCAAAUUGUGCAUACAGGACAAAAUUGAUAAAAAACAACUCACUAAAAGCCAAAUUUCUUGUCCUUGUGGAAUGAAAAUUCCUAACAAAUUCAAGGAGUAGAAAAUGGUGAUAAUGACAAAAAUUGAGCUUUGAGCCGCACUCAUAUUGAGGAGGGUAGGUAGGACUAAUCCUAAUGGAGUUAAAACAGUGCCCUGUACUAUUUUAAAGGGGUCUUCGGCUUGAAGAAGUCUUACUGAGCAGGUAAAUAUUGUUUCUUUUCGAAGGUUUUUCUGUCCUUACUAGAUGGGACUAGCUAGGUUUUUCCUACUCAUGGCUUCUCCUCAUCGGGAACCUUUCAGAAAUAGGCUUUGCUCUCGGAAAUGAUCCCUUGGACAGACGGCGUAGGCUAAGGGUGAUGCUUGGAGUUAAGAUGAUAGUAUUUUUACCCGAUUAUGGCCGAUGUAACCUUUAACUUAACACACACUACAAAUUCAAAGAUAAAAACUUUAAGUUUCCUAGGGAACCAGGACAAAAUAAAAACGAAGAAAACCCCUCUGCAGCAAGCAGCGUGGUUUCAAGUUUAAGCACUCAGGAAAGCCUUCAAAUAGCACCUCUUCAAGAGAUGUGUGAGAUUUGUAAGGGAAUAAAUUUCAAGCAAUUUACUAAUACAUUUCCAUGCGGCCACAAAGUGUGCAAAAAAUGUUGGGAAAAGUGCAAUAAAACAUGCUAUAAAUGCUAUAUCUGCGAAAUUUGUAGAAAUCCAUUGAUAACUGGAAAAUCUGUGUAUAUUUAUCAAAAUAUAUACUAUCACUUUGAUUGCACACUCUGCCAGAUCUGCUCACAGUCUAUAUUUCAAACUGGAACACCAUAUAUUUACAAUGGCAAAGGCUCUCAUCUAGAGUGUCAAAGAGGUAGUAGGGCUUCUUAA